AUGAAAGUGAAAAAACUGCAUUUGUAGAAAUACAUAUAGAAAAAAAAAUUAUUCGAUAAAAAUGAAUGUGGCUAAACGUGCAAUAUCACAUCUCGGUUUAGUCGGUACUUGGAGACCGAAGAAAAUUUCAAAUUUUUCAAAACAAUUGUACAGACUGUACAGUUGUUUUAUUUUUACAAUCCUAACGUUAUCUGCAAUCUACAUUCUUGUUUACAUUUUCAAAUUUUCAACAAAUGUUAAUUCAUUAACGGAGAGCUUACUAGUACUAUUUGGCAUUCUUGGGGCAAUUUUAAAAAUGCUCCUCUUUAUAAUAAGACAAGAAGAAAUUAUUUCCGUUGACAGAAUGCUGACGGAAAAAAUAUGUCUACCUCGAGAUAAAAUCGAAGAGGGAAUAUUAGCCGAAUCCGAAAAUACUCGAAGAAAGCAAUCGAAUGCACUUAUGAUUGGCUGCUACUUUUUCUCUAUUUGCCUCUGCCUGAAUCCUCUAAUCAGUUCUAAAAAAUUAGCACUACCAUUCCCUAGUAUAUGGAUCCCCCUUAAUUUCGAAAGUACAAGAUAUUAUCAAUUUAUUUAUUUAUAUCAAGUAAUUGUCCUUCUUGCUACAACUAUUAUCCUCUGUUGCUGUGAUCUUUAUUUUUCCGAACUCAUGGAGAAAAUUAGUGCUGAAAUAGAUGUAUUCAAACAUCGUUUGUACAUUUUACCACAACAAAUAAGUACAAAUUACAAAUUAGAAAUUAAUCAAUAUGAAUCAACAAUAAUAAAAGAUUGGCUACACUUUCAUUUACAUUUAAUCAAAAUGAUUCACGAUUUGAAUAAUUCAUUCAAUUUAUUAUGUGUUGUUCAAUUUUUCAUAUCUACUGCUGUCUUGGGUUUAGCUAUUUUUAAUUUAGCAAAAGCUGAACUAUUUACAACACACUUUUGGUAUAUAUGCGUCUAUUUGCUUGAUUUUACUUGGGAAAUCUUUCAAUUUUGUUAUUAUGGAGAGAAACUAAUUGUCAAGAGCUCAGAAAUCGUAAACGCUUGUUACAAUGUAAAUUGGAAUAAAUUAAGCAAAAAUUCAAAAAUGUCAUUAUAUAUUAUAAUGAUCCGAGCUUCAAAACCAAUGAAAGUGAAAGGAGGAUCUAUGAUAACAAUGUCUAUUGGCUCGUUUGUUGCGAUUUUAAAAGUUGCAUAUUCAAUUUUUAACGUUCUACGAGAGAAUCGUUGAGAAUUGAGAUGCGAUAAAUAUUUUCAUCUUUGUUACAAAUCUACA